GUCUCCAUUUAAAAAUUGGUAUAAAAAUGGUUGUUAAUUGUUGGAGAAAUGAUCAAAUCUAAUCUACUCUUUAAAGUUAACAAUUAGUAAAUCAGUUGAUUUGUUAAUCACUUCCAAUCGUUCAAGAUGAAAUCUUUCGUUGCAAUUUGUGUCCUUUCCUUUGCCAUUUCGACUUCAGCUUCACCGAUUCUCGGACCAAUUGCUGAUACUAUUUUCGGUACUGCAGCAAAUGCUUUAAAUGCCGUUACUGGAACUGCAUCAGGUCUGAUUGGAGGUGCUCUUAAUGCCGUCGGUGAUGUUGCUAAAGGUGCUGCGAAUAUCGAGUUCGCUAAAGGUCAUGCCCUCCAAUCAGCUGUUAAUGGUGUUGCGGGUCUCGGAAGUGGUGUAUUGGGAACUGGGGCACUUAAUGGUCCAGGGCCGAUGAUGGGACCCGGUGUUCCUGGUUCUUAUGUUAAUAUCGAAUCAAAUUCUCGAGGUUAUGAUAAUAGCGCUUCGGCUGCAAGUCAUUCUUAUGAAAAGACUCACACCUCGUUCACUGAUGGACCUGGAGGUGUCCAGGGAACAAGUUUAUCGGCCUCAGGACAAAUCAACAAUGCUCAUACUCGAUCAAUGGGCUACGAUGAUUCAAAUCGAUUCCAAGCCGGAUAUGGUUACUAAUUAAAUCGUUACGACAAAAAAAAAACCAACAAACCAUUGAAAAUGGAGAAUCAAAAUUGAAUUUUCAAUUUUUUCCAUUGUAUUAACCGAAUUUUCAAAGAAAUAAAAGAUAAUCAAUGAUUAGAUAGACGUCGAAAAUAA